UGCGGAGUCCAGAGUGAGAGUGAGUCUGAGCAGAGCACACAGGAGGGACGCGCGCCGGAGAAGUUCGCAGUCUGACACGCACGAGAGAACUGCAUUUGGUUUUAAGUUGAUUCAGGAGAGGAAACACGUUAAAGCGUCCCCCCCCCCCUUCCUCUCUAAGGAUUAUAAAAAGAAAAGUGGGACCGAGGAAGAUAUAACAUGACUUCAGCAAAGGAGCACUAAAGUGCGGGGAUGUUUUGAAAAAUGAUGAGAGCGGCGUGAACACUUUAAGGAAUAAGUUCAGAGUGGACCGGUAUGGCUUGACUUGUGAGCCCGAAGGUAGCUGCGGGAGGCGCUGAUGUUUCUGUGGAAGAGAAGGAAAGUUUGCUGCGCUUCUCUCGGAUCUACUUUGUGAAAUUCAUCGCUUACUAGUCUCCUAUCUGAGCGGCAGAGCCCGGGAGUUCGGGGGGGGAACCGCUUCGGUUCGGUGUCGGCUCUGAACAUACAUCACCAUGACCAACCCCGCGCUGAAGAAGAACCACUGGACCUCCAGGGUGAACGAGUGCUCCGUGGGGAAGGACACCCGCGGAGACCUGAACGUGUCUCUGCGCGGCGGCGCGGAGAACGGGGAGUUCGCCUACAUUGGGCAAAUUAACGAGAACCUGGUGUUUUACAGAGAUGGAAAAUUAAACGAGGGGGAGCUGCUGCUGGAGGUGGAGAACCUCUCCAUUUCAGGAUUACCUUUGUACGACGUGCAGACGCUGAUAAAGAACUGCAAAAGUCCCGUGAAGUUGAAAACUGUGAGGCCAGGAACAAAAUUGAAUAAGGACCUGAAGCAUUAUCUAAGCCAGCGCUUCCAAAAGUCAUCACCUGACCACGAACUGCAGCAGACCAUCCGAGAAAACCUGUACCGUCACGCAGUGCCUUGUACUACUCGCUCUCCACGUGAAGGAGAAGUUCCUGGUGUGGAUUACAACUUCCUCUCCGUGGAGGACUUCCUAGUGUUGGAGAAGAGUGGAACCCUCCUGGAAAUUGGAACAUAUGAAGGCAACUAUUAUGGGACGCCCAAGCCACCGGUGCAGCCUCCCAGCGGGAAAGUGAUCAGCGGCAGUAGCGGUGGUGAUGCCCCACUGUCAGACGGGCUCAGCGGUAGCCUGCCAGGCUCGCAGAACUCCACUCCCCGACGAGCCAAGUCCUACAAUGACAUGCGAAAUGCUGGAAUAGGGCUUGCAGAUCAGCAACUGGAGGACGACGAGGACCUCCCUGACAUGAACAGCAGCUUUACAGGAGAAUCCAGUGAAUUGGACGAAAUUCCUCACUCGGCGCGCCCCUACGUCCCUCGCCACAGCGACCCGUCCUACGCUGAGACAACCCCCUCACCAUCGGCCACCACGGAGAGCACACAGCAGACAAACCUUCACCUGAGCCAUCCUCCCCCGGAGGACCCGCUGGGACCUCUGCCUGACAACUGGGAGAUGGCCUACACCGAGACCGGAGAGGUCUACUUUAUAGACCACAACACAAAGACCACCUCUUGGCUAGACCCUCGGUGCCUGGACAAACCUCAGAAACCCCUGGAAGAAUGUGAAGAUGAUGAAGGGGUCCAUACAGAAGAGCUGGACGAUCUAGAACUUCCUCAUGGAUGGGAGAAAAUCGAUGAUCCAGUCUACGGGGUCUACUAUGUUGAUCAUAUCAACAGGAAGACCCAGUACGAAAACCCGCUGCUGGAGGCUAAGAGGCGCAGGCAGCUGGAACAGCAGCCCGCCCAGCAGCCUCAGCCCCAAAGCCAGCAGCCACCUGAAGGUGAGCGCUACAUCCGAGAGUGGAUCGAGGACUCGGCAUUGGCAGGCGCUCCCCUGGCCACCUAUGCCGCCAACCACGAGACGUACAGGGACCCCCAGACGGGUCCACCCGUACCCAACGCCAUGGGACAAAAACGUGGGAAGCCUUUCUUUACUAGGAACCGUUCAGAGCUGAACGGGACCUUCAUCAAUACCAAACUGAAGAAGAGCCGUCGAGGGUUUGGGUUCACCGUUGUUGGAGGGGACGAGCCGGAUGAGUUCUUGCAGAUAAAGAGUUUGGUUCUGGAUGGACCGGCAGCCCUUGAUGGGAAGAUGGAGACAGGGGACGUGAUUGUGAGCGUAAAUGACACCUGCGUGCUGGGCUACACGCACGCCCAAGUGGUGAAGAUCUUUCAGUCCAUCCCGAUCGGCUCCAUGGUCAACUUGGAGCUGUGUCGCGGCUACCCACUGCCUUUCGACCCUGAUGACCCAAACACCAGCUUGGUAACCUCGGUGGCCAUCCUCGAUAACAAAGAUCCCAUCAUCGUCAACGGCCAGGAGGUCACAAGCAGCUACGACUCUCCAUCCAGCCAAGGAAGUCAGAGCACCAACGGCCCAACCAACGGCGGACCGCCUCUCAAUGGCUUCCCCCGACCUCACAGCCCCUCCACCGAGGUGGCCUCCGAUACCUCCUCCCAGCUCGGAUACUCUAGUGACGUGGUAACCCUGGCGUCGUCCAUCGCAACGCAACCAGAACUCAUCACUGUACACAUGGAGAAAGGAGACAAGGGCUUUGGCUUCACUAUCGCGGACAGCCUUGGCGGUGGAGGGCAGCGAGUGAAGCAGAUCGUGGACUACCCUCGCUGCCGUGGCCUUAGGGAGGGGGACAUCAUCAUCGAGGUGAACAAGAGGAAUGUGCAGAGCAUGUCUCACAACCAGGUCGUGGACAUGCUCAGCAAGUUACCGAAAGGCAGCGAGGUCACCAUGCUGCUGCAGAGAGGUGAGCAAAUGCCUGAUCUUUAUUUUUCUUACACAUAUACAUUUGGUCUGUGGAUAAGCUUCCAGGCUGUGUUUAAACUCAUCAGCACAGAUGGAAGUGAGAAAGCCAGAGCUGAGAUCUGUGGCAGGCUCUGAUUUAUGUGCCCAUAUGCUAGAGCGCUCCAAAAAAUAAUGAACCUUUGCCAUGAACGACUGCUCAAUGCUAUUGACGAAAAUAAUAGCCUUCUGCCUUACAGGCUGUUUUCACUCACAGAGCUCCUUUAUCGACACACACAUUUAUUUAUUCAUGCAAACAGACAUUGUUGGGGAAAAAAAAAAAGAUUGGAUUGCGAACAAGGCAAAAUGGAGAGCGCAGUGAUUAUGGUAAGGAGGACAGGAAGGAGUACUAGAGGAAGUUCAAAUAACAUUUGAGGAAAUGAAUGAUCAUGGAGAGGAUGAGGUGCUCAGUGAAUGGCACUGACGAAAAGAUUAUGCAGUGUCUGGCAAAAUUAUUCACAACCCUUGAUUUUUUUUAUUUAUUUUGCUGUCAUAUUAAAACCAUAAAUGACAAUAUUAUUAUAUGUGGAUUUCAUUUUGUGACAAACCAACACACAGUAGGGCUUGGUUGUGAACUUAAGAGAAAAAGAAUACAUUGUUUUCAUUUUUUUUUCCCACCCCCAAGUAAAAACCAGAGGGUGGUUUGCCUGUUUAUUGUUGAGCCAUAAGGUGUAGCUUCUACUCUUUUGGGGUAUUUCUCUGUCAGCUUUGGAUGGCUAGAGACAUUCCUCUUCAUAAGAUAUUUCAACUUCAGCCACGUUGGACAAAAUAUGUCUGUGAAGAGCAAUUUUGGAGUCUUGCUACAGAUUCUCAAUUUCAUUUAAGUUUAGGUUUUGACUGGGCCAUUCUACCACAUGAUCUCAACAACCCAAAUGGCCAUAAAUACAGCUAUUUAUGGCAUACUGGAGUUCUGAUUGUCAAUACCAGACUGCCAACUACAGCCUGCACAUCUUUUCCUACCACUUCACUUUUGUGUAUUACCUUGCGUUGGUCUGUUUUAAAAUAAAAAGACAAUAAAAUACAAAGUUUGUAUCAGUGUAGCAAAAUGUGAAAAAGCUUAAGAGGUCUGGAUUCUUCUGCAACGCAGUGUGGCUGACCUGAAAUGGAAACGGCAACGUUAGAAGAAGGAGGGUUUGAAGUGUAAAGAGGGGGGGGAAAAAAAGACCUAAAGCGCUGUGGUGUUUCAGGUCAAAGAGCCUGAAUAUCCUCUCCUGUUGUUCUUACUCUCUCACACCAACCUUAUCUGUCUCCACAGAUGCCCUCUACUUCAUCCCUCUCCGCUUUGUUUGCCAGUUGACAACCUGUCUAGUUUAUUUUGAGCUCUCUCUGUGCCCAUGUUAGAGCAAAUGGCUUUAAAGAUGCAGCCAAUUGGGUUAGGGUUUUCUUUUUUCUCUUUCUUUCUUUUCUCUACACCUACCAGGCUUCACUUUGAGCUGAAGUCUGUGGCAUUUUGCCCUUAACAUAAAUUUUCCAAGUUCUUGAGCCGGUGUCAGUUCUUUGCAAACAAUACAGCAGCAUGUGAAGGAUUCUGCUCAAGUUGCACCACUCACGGCUUUUGUUACGGCCACUGAUUGACAAUCAUUGUUGUGCCGGAACACCAAAUGGGAACAAAGCAGCAGUGAACAAAGGAUAAAAGUGCAAUAACCGAAUUUCAGCAUUUCCCAUCUGGUCCCUCUCAGACAUACCGGUCAGUAAUACCAGUAUUGGUACCAUUUUCUAGGUCAGAUUGUCCCCAACUUGCAUUUUAGCCUAUUCAUUGAAGGAAGAAAACAGUUGUUUUUUUUCUGUGUGCGCAUGCAUGGGUAAUUUACAACCUCUGCAAGGUGAUGUAGGUAAAACUGUCUGAGAAAAUUCAUCAAGUGAAUAGCAACCACAAAUGAUAUCUCACUAUAAACCUAUGCCUUUGUGUUACUCUCUCAAUGUUAUACCUGUAUCUACAUAAAAUCAUCCAUUCAGUCACUUGCUCAUUGUCUAGCCUCUUGAUAUGUGGCCAAGAAGAGAAAAAACAACAAUACAAGUCCUCUUCUCCUUGCAUUUGUUAAUGAGCAUCAUGCCCUCAUCAUAAUGCACACAAGCCCAUAAAAUAGUACAAUCUCGCCUUGUUAAGGGAUUUAAACUGUGCCUGUAAAACUGGUUGGACCUUAGUUUUUGCUGGAACUGUCCUUUAUGGACACAAACUGACUUUAGCUGAGAAAUAUCAGAGUUUAAAAUGAAUAUGGACAAAUGACAAAAAAAAAAAAAAAAUGGACCGGCGAU